AUGCUCAGCCGCCUCAACAUCUCCAAGGGCUACCUCGCCUUUGCCGCCGUCUACUUCCUGCUCUUUGUGCUGGGGCUCGCCAUCAUCGGCCUGUACGCGACCGACGUCCAGCGCUGGCGCGAGGCCCAUGUCCACGUCGAGUCGAAAUGGGUCUUUGCUGUUGUCGUCGGCUGCCUUUCUAGCAUCACCUGCAUCGCGUACCUGGUCCCAUUUGUGUUUCACGCGCUCGGCUUUAUUGCGCCGAUCUGGAACCUGGUCCUGUUUAUCCUCCACAUUACGCUCUUUGGCGUCUUUGCCAAGCUCUUCCUCCAUGCCCAAACUGGCGGCGACGGCGCCAUCAUGCGCAUGAAGAAUGCCAUAUGGGUCGACCUCACCGCCGCCUUGCUCUGGCUCCUCGUCACCAUCGGCUCCGCGGGCUACUGGUGGAAGCACCGUGACGUCCGUAGCCGCUUCACCGGCCGCGCUCGCGUCUAG